GCGGCUCAAUCGAGCACUGACGUUCUUCGAUCGAUUAAAGAUGGCGGAUCCGAGUGCAAAACAAACCGGCCAGAAAAGUGUGAAGAUCGCAGCUGGAGCUGUAGUGUGUGUGGAGAGUGAAAUCAGAGGUGACGUCACUAUCGGGUCCAGAACGGUGGUUCACCCGAAAGCGCGGAUCAUCGCAGAGGCCGGACCGAUAGUUAUCGGUGAGGGAAAUCUGAUCGAGGAACAAGCGCUGAUCAUCAACAGCUAUCCUGAAAACAUUCUGCCUGAUACAGAAGAUGUGGAGCCAAAAACCAUGAACAUCGGCAUCAAUAACGUCUUUGAAGUCGGCUGCGUGUCUCAAGCAUUGAAAAUUUGUGACAACAACGUUAUUGAAUCAAAAGCUGAAGUUGGCAGGAACGUGAUUUUGUCGAGCGGUUGUAUCAUCGGUGCAUGCUGUCAGGUGAACACGUGUGAACUGAUUCCAGAAAACACUGUGAUCUUUGGCUCUGAGUGUCUGAGACGCGUUCAGACGGAGAGACCGCAGCCUCAAACGCUGCAACUGGAUUUCCUCAUGAAGAUUUUGCCCAAUUAUCAUCAUCUGAAGAAAACGAUGAAAGGAAACGCCACUCCGGCGAGGAGCUAAAAAUAUAUAAACACACAUGAACACAGUUUUACUUCCAGCUGUUUAUACUGUUGAAUUUCUGUGAUCUGCACACAAUGUAUUACAUGUGUUCUUUUGGUGUUUUAUAACUUAUUAGUGACAUUAAAUCCUACUGAAGAUCUGA